GUUGCAUAUCGCCUCUCCGGAGCUAAACGGGACAGUGCUAUGAGGACUCUCCCCAAAAGAAAAACUUGUGAAGUGUACUGCGUCUCCGGGCAUGGACUACCAGGCUGCUCCGCUGCACAGGGAGAGGGGGAGCUGAAGGAGCCCGGCCAGUCACUGGGCCCCCUCACGGAACCUGAAGACCAGGCAGAGCAGAAGCUGGAGGGGGGGCGAGCUCCAGUCUGCGGCUCCUGGAGGAGAUGGAUGUUAGGUGUCCUGCCUUUCUUUCCUUUCGCUGCUGCCAUUGCACUGACGCUCCACUUCUUAACAUCUCCGCCCUCCUCAGUGUUCUUCCUCGGCAGCAGUGUGGAGUUCCCAAACAUGAGCUUCUCCUCAGAGUUGACUGACUCCACCUCCCCUCAGUUCCGCCUGCAGGCUCAGGCUUUGAACCAAUAUUUCUCAGAACUCUACGAGUCCUCGGAGUGGAGCUCUUACUACCUGCGCUCAGGAAUUACUGCCUUCAGUGAAGGAGCACAAGGGCUCAAUGUCUUCUACUGGAGUAAAUUCUCCGCCCCGGACGACGUUGCAGUGGCGAUCCAGACGUCCGGCCCGGAGAGACUGCAGCGCAGGCUUCCUGGCAGCAACAAGCUGCAGCGGGACACACGCAACGAGCAGCGCUAUUACAUGGAGCAAGAUGACGACACGCUCCACCUGCUGGGUUUGGACCCUGACGACUUUGAAGUAAAAUCUGACAAGAGUAAGAAUCCGAACAGCAUCCAGAGUGGGAAGUGGCAGCUCGGCUUCCAAGCGAUGUCCUUUGACCUCUAUGCCAAAUAUGGCAACAACCGCACCCUGAGCCUCGUGAGUCCCAAGAAGCCGUACUACCAGUGGCGUCUCCGCGUGCCGUCGGGUCAUGUCGUUCGACUGAUCAUCCUCACCCUGCAUGGUGCCACGCCGGGAAGCUGCACUGCCCACAGGCUCUCGGCCUACGACUUUUUACUUCCAUUACAGAACAAGAUAAUCGCACGGUGGUGUGGGCUGCCUAUUUCGGGUUCGUCACCCGUCAUGAAGCUGACGUCCUCUGGGAAUGUGAUGCUGGUCACCUUCUCCUUCAGCAGACAGAGAGAUGGAGCAAUCUUCAAAGCUUACUUCCAAGCCAUCCCAAAAGCAGGUUGUGGAGGGUCGAUUUCCUCCUGGAACGGCUCUAUUUCCUCCCCCUACUACCCGUCCUAUUACCCUCCUAACAUAGACUGCACCUGGACACUUCGGGCGCCGUUGCCGGGAUACCUGAUCUCUGUGACAAUCGUGACGAUGGACAUCCAGGAUUCCUCGUCAUCAGAUGAUUGUGAGAAAGACUGGCUGAACAUCGGAGGGGUCAAACUGUGUCACCCAGUGUCAGACAGCAGCAGAAAGCGAGUCUACUCCUCUCCUCUCUCCCUCCACUUCCAUUCGGACGAAUCUCUCACCAAAAAUGGCUUUUACUUGCUCUUUCGCGCCUUCUCUCCAGAGGGCACCUGUCCUCGGCAGUUCCGCUGUGGAGAUGGACGCUGUAUCCCUCUGAGGAAGGUGUGUGAUGGAGUGAAAGACUGCUCAGGUGGACGGGACGAGGCUAAAUGCUCAUCCUGCAGGCCAGGUGAGGUGCUGUGUGGGAACGGCCAGUGUAAGCCUCAAAGCAGCCAGUGUGUGAGCCAGAGCACCUGUGAAGACAGCAGUGAAGAGGGGGGCUGUGGAGGUAAAUGCCACCGCAUGUGUUCCAACAAAGUCUGUUUGCCAAAGUCGUCAGUGUGUAACGGUGUCAUCGACUGCAAAGACCGCAGCGAUGAACUCAACUGUACCCGAGCGUACCUUAAAGGCUGCUCCACAUCCUCAUACAAAUGUGCCAACAGAAAGUGUGUAAGUAAGGUGAACCCGGAGUGUGACGGGGUCAGAGACUGCUUUGACAGCUCUGAUGAACUGCGCUGCGGCUGUGGCACCAGGCCCAGGAAGCGCACUAAGAUAGUGGGUGGCUCUGAUGCAGGGGCGGGGUCAUGGCCGUGGCAGGUCAGCCUCCAGAUGGAUCGUUACGGACACGUCUGUGGAGCCACGCUGGUCGCCAACCGCUGGCUCAUCUCUGCAGCUCACUGCUUCCAGGACUCAGAUGCAAUUAAGUACUCGGAUGCACGUGUAUGGCGGGCCUACAUGGGGAUGCGGGUGAUGACUCGGGGGAACAACAGAGCAGCCACCAGACGGAUUCGCCGGAUCCUCCUCCACCGGCAGUACGACCAGUUCACCUCCGACUACGACAUCGCUCUUCUUGAGCUCAGUGCUCCCGUCUUCUUCAAUGACUUGGUGCAGCCUGUGUGCGUGCCCGCGCCCUCACACAGCUUCACAACAGGGACCAGCUGCUACGUCACAGGCUGGGGGGUCCGCAUGGAGGACGGUGAACUGUCCGCUCGCUUACAAGAGGCCGCAGUGAGAAUCAUCAACAGGAACACUUGUAACAAACUGUAUGACGGGGCCGUCACUCCCAGGAUGCUGUGCGCUGGGAACCUGCAAGGAGGGGUGGACGCCUGCCAGGGUGACUCCGGAGGCCCGUUGGUGUGCCUGGAGAGAGGCAGGCGGUGGUUCCUGGCGGGGAUUGUGAGCUGGGGGGAGGGCUGUGCGAGGCAGGACCGCCCCGGUGUCUACACACAUUUGGUCAAGUUCACUGACUGGAUCCAUCAGCAGACUAAAGGUCAAGUGUGACUAAAUAUCUCAUGAAAAAGACAGACUUAACACACAGGGAUGAAGGUUUCAGACAUGACUUCAUCUUCACAUUCAGUCUUUUUUUCUGUCCAUGUCAACGGGGCCACCAGGGGCCUCCCCUGCUCCACAGCAACCAGCCUUCGUUAAAAAAUAAUUAAAAU